AGGAGAGAUUCCCCUCGAUCCACGGUCAGAAAUAAACGAGCUUUUGUGCGCGCAAAUCUCAUCAUGCUGAAAUUCGUCGUUCUCGCUGUCGCGAUCGCCACGGUUGACGCCGCUCCAACGUCCUCGUUACCAGCUAAAACGGAGAGUCCGCCAAUCCCGACACUGCCUGCAUUACCGAUUUCUUCCGAAUCAGCCGCAACGUUGGCACCGCCACUCUCAUCCGCAUCUGCCAAAUCUCUGAGCAUGAUGGCCGACGUAAAAACACCAGCCUCCACGACCAAACUGGCCAACUUGGCACCCCUGGCGACACCACUAGCCGCGGCACCCAUUCUCUCACCUUUACAGAUCUCGGCGUACGCUUACGCCUUGCCAGUUUUACCUCCGAUAGAAGUGGCGGCAGCACCUUCCACUUACUCGAUCGAACAGCACGGUUAUCGUAUUAUCUACUGACGUCACUCGUUCUUGGAUUCGGGCGGUAACUGGAUCUAGCCAGUACCAACGUGCAGAAUACGACUUCUCCCUUCUCAUAGAUUAUUCUCAUGUAUCUUAUAUCGAUAAAUUUGUUCGGCAAACCACGAAAUAUAUAGUUAAAUAUCAA